AUGGCGAUCCAAAAGAAGCACGGAAAAGGUCGUUUGGAUAAAUGGUAUCGUCUGGCCAAAGAGAAGGGGUACCGUGCUCGUGCUGCGUUCAAGUUGAUUCAACUGAACAAGAAGUAUGGGUUUUUGGAAAAGAGCAAGGUCUUGAUCGAUCUUUGCGCUGCUCCCGGUUCGUGGUGUCAAGUUGCGGCGGAGUGCAUGCCCGCUCAGAGUAUUAUUAUUGGUGUCGAUCUCGCUCCAAUUAAACCUAUCCCCCGAGCCAUCACUUUCCAAAGUGAUAUUACGACUGAGAAGUGUCGUUCGACAAUUCGCGGACAUUUGAAAGGCUGGAAGGCGGAUACCGUUCUUCACGACGGUGCCCCCAAUGUGGGUACCGCUUGGGUUCAAGAUGCGUUCUCCCAAGCCGAGCUUGUGCUCCAGUCGUUGAAGCUGGCCACCGAGUUUUUGAACGAAGGUGGAAACUUUGUCACCAAGGUUUUCCGAUCCAAGGACUACAAUCCUUUGUUGUGGGUUUUCAAGCAGCUUUUCCAGUCUGUGGAGGCAACCAAGCCUCCCUCGUCCCGAAAUGUGUCUGCCGAAAUCUUUGUUGUCUGCCGCGGCUUCAAGGCGCCCAAACAUAUCGAUCCGAAGUUCCUUGAUCCCAAGCACGUCUUCGCCGAACUGUCAGAUCCGACACCGAAUCAUGAAGCCAAGGUGUUUAAUCCUGAGAAAAAGAAGCGUAAGCGUGAGGGUUAUGAGGAGGGCGACUACACUCAGCACAAAGAGAUUCCAGUCACCGAAUUCAUCAACACCACCGAUCCGAUUGCGAUCCUCGGAGGCUACAACAAAUUGAGCUUCCAACAACCCAUCGGAGGAGACUUGGCUAUGUCUACGCUGGAACGACUUGAGGAAACUACGGAUGAAAUUCGUACCUGCUGUGAGGAUCUUAAGAUCCUCGGCAAAAAGGAGUUCCGAAAUCUGCUGCGAUGGCGCCUCAAGGUCCGUGAGAAAUUCGGUCUCAGUGUCAAGAAGAAGCAACAGGAGGACGGCGAGGGAGAUGAGGUGGCGGAGGUCGCUCCGAUGGACGAGGAACUCGCAAUUCAAGAGCAAUUGGUGCGCAUGCGUGAGAAAGAGUCCGCGCGCAGCAAGAAGGAGCGACGCAAAGAGAACGAGAAGAAGCGAAAAGAAAUCGUUCGCUUGCAAAUGCACAUGACCACCCCGAUGGAUAUCGGCAUGGAACAGAUCGGGCCCGGUGGCGAUGACUCUACAUUUUCAUUAAAGCGCGUGGAUCGGCUCGGUGCCAGAGAUGCUGUGGUCAACGCCCGUGACGUGCCUGCGGACAGCGAGAGUGAGGACGACUCCGAUUCGGAUGACGACAGUGACGAUGACGGUGAUCGUUUAGAACGUGAGCUCGACAGCAUGUACGAGAGAUAUCAAGAGCGUAUGGAGGAUAAGGACUCGAAGCUGCGCGCCAAGAAGGCCCGCAAAGAAUACGAGGCUGACGAAUGGGAUGGGUUCUCUGAAGACAACAAAAGUGAUGCCGAGGACGAGGAGGAAGACGAGGACUCUGAUUCUGAGACUUCUCAAGCUGCUCCUCCCAAGCCUGAAAGCCUCUCUAACCACGCCUCUAUGUUCUUUGAUCAGGAUCUUUUCCAAGAUAUCGAGGAGGAUGAGGAAGAUGAUGAAGAAGAGGAGGAUGAGGAAGAAGAGGAGGAUGAGGAAGAGGAGGAUGAGGAAGAGGAGGAAGAAGAAGAGGCGGAAGAUCUAGAGGACAGUGAAGCUGAAGAGGAUGAAGAGCUUCCACCCUCAUCAGUCAAAUCCAAGUCGAAGAAAGAGUUGAAGAAGGAGUCCAAGAAAGAAAGCAAAAAGAAGCAGGACUCUGAGUGGGCCGAUUCUGACGAGGAAGUCGACGACAACGCCGAUCCACGAAAGGCCAACGGUCAGCUGGACAUCGACAUCAUUACUGCAGAGGCUAUGGCGUUGGCCCAAGCAAUGGCUUCCGGUGAAAAGAAAGCCUCAGAUGUUGUGGACGAUGGUUGGCACCGCUAUUCGUUCCGGGAUGUUGAUGGUCUACCAGAGUGGUUCGUUGACGAUGAAGGCAAACACAGCAAGCUUCAGCGGCCAAUUACGAAGGCUGCAGCCGCUGCCAUCAAGGAGAAGCUGCGCGCGAUUAACGCUCGCCCCAUUAAGAAGGUGAUGGAAGCCAAAGGCCGCAAGAAGUUCAAGGCUGCUCAAAGACUGGAGAAGCUGCGCAAGAAGUCUGCUCUCUUGGCAGAUGAUGAGGCCUUGAGUGAACGUGACAAGGCCCAAGCCAUCUCCAAGCUGAUGGGCAAGGCCACCAAGAAGAAGCCAAAGCAGCAGGUCAAACUUGUUGUUGCCCGGGGCGCCAACCGCGGUAUUUCUGGUCGUCCCAAGGGUGUGAAGGGCAAGUACAAGAUUGUCGAUUCCCGGAUGAAGAAGGAUAUCCGGGCCCAAAAGCGCCUGGCGAAAAAGAAGAAGUCUUGA